AUGGAAACUAUUAAAGGAAAACCAAUAUUUGAGCAUCAAGGUUAUUUAUAUAUUUUUAAUAAAGAAUCAAGUAACAAGGUGAUAUGGUGUUGUCGUAAUUAUCGUCAUAAUAACUGUCGCGGUCGACUUCAUACAAUUAAUGAUCAAGUUGUACAAACAGUUGGUGAACAUAAUCAUGAACCAAAUCAUUCAUCAGGUGAAAUUAUUGAAGCACGUACCAAAAUGACUUAUGCAGCUAAACAAACUGUUAAUACAACACAUGAUAUAGUAGCUGAUGGUGUAUCCAAAUUAUCUGAUCAUGCUGUUGCAUCAUUACCAAACUUAAAGAAUAUUAAACGAACCGUUCGACGAAUUCGUCAAAAACAUCAAAAUCCAUUUCCAUUACCAACAAAUCGUGAUUCACUUGUUAUUGAUCCAUUAUUUAUGAAAACAAAUCGUAAUAGAACAUUUUUACAAUUCGAUUCUGGACCAAUUGACCAAAGAAUGUUAAUAUUCACAACAAAAAAACAAUUAAAAAUAUUAGAAAAUGGAAAUUAUAUAUAUUUAGAUGGAACAUUUGAUGUCGUUCCUGAAUUGUAUUUCCAGCUUUAUACAAUUCAUGUUAAAUAUUUGGAUCAUAUUUUACCUGCAGUUUAUAUACUAUUACCUGGCAAAAAACAACGUUUAUACAAAGCAAUGUUACAAGAAAUAAAAAAUUUAGUACCAAAUUUUGAUCCACCGAAUGUUAUGAUUGAUUUCGAGCGUGCAACUUAUUAUAUGAUGGAAACUGUUAAAGGAAAACCAGUAUUUCAACAUCAAGGUUAUUUAUAUGUUAUUAAUAAAGAAUCAAGUAACAAGGUGAUAUGGUGCUGUCGUAAUUAUCGUCAUAAGCAAUGUCGUGGUCGACUUCAUACGAUUAAUGAUCUAGUUGUACAAACAGUUGGUGAGCAUAAUCAUGAACCAAUUCAUUCAGCAGGUGAAGCCAUUGCAGCACGUACAAAAAUGAAUGAUGCAGCCAAACAAACUGGUCAUACAACACAUGAUAUUGUUGCUGAUGGUGUAUCAACAUUAUCUAAUCAUGCCAUCGCCACAUUACCAAAUUUACAAAAUAUUAAACGUACUGUUCAAAGAGUGCGUCAAAGACAUCAAAACCCAUUAUCAUUACCAACAAAUCGUGAUUCACUUGUUAUUGAUUCACAAUAUUUAAAAACAGCUCGUAAUAGAACUUUUUUACAAUUCGAUUCUGGUCCAAUAGAUCAACGAAUAUUAAUAUUUUCAACCAAGAAACAAUUUAAAAUUUUGGAAAAUGCAAAUUAUAUAUAUUUAGAUGGCACAUUUAGUGUAGUUCCUGAAUUAUACUUUCAAUUAUAUACAAUUCAUGCUACACAUUUAAAUCAUAUAUUACCAGCAGCAUAUAUAUUAUUACCUGGUAAGCAUAUAAAUUUAAUACCUAAUUUUGAUCCACCAAAUGUAAUGAUCGAUUUUGAACGCGCAAGUAUGAAUUCAAUUAAAAAUUUAUUUCCAACAUCAAAUAUAUAUGGAUGUUUUUUUCAUUUGUGUCAAAACAUGUAUCGUGCUGUUACAAGAUUUGGUUUAAAAACAUUAUAUGGUGAAAAUGAAAAUUUUGCACAACAGCUUCGAUCGUUACCAGCAUUAGCAUUCUUACCAACUACUGAUGUUAUUGCAACAUUUGAUGAAAUAAAAGCUCAAUUUCCAGUUGAAGGUGAGCCUGUAUUAAACUAUUUUGAGGAGAACUAUAUAGGUGUUAAAAGUCGUUUGUCUCGUCCUAGAAAAGCACCAAAAUUUGACAUUUCAUUAUGGAAUGUUAACACAAAUACACUUCAAGGUCAACAUCGAACAAACAAUGUGGUUGAAGGUUGGAAUAAUCGAUUUACAUCGUUAAUGAACUGUAGUCAUCCAAAUUUUUGGAAAUUUUUAAAAGGUUUAAAAAAAGAACAAUCUUAUGUUGAUGCUCAAAUUAUUCAAGCAGAAGCUGGUGUUAGACAAGCACGAAGACGUGAACAAAUUCGUCGAGAAACACGUAUUUUGAAUUUAUUGAAUGAACCAACAACAACAAACUUUCAAAAAGUAAUGGCUUUAGCUCAAAAUAUUUCAUUAAAAAGCUCAUAA